GAAAUUAAAAAAAAAACUUAAUUUUUAAAAGACAAUCUAUUGUGCCAGUAAAAAAAAAGUAAGGAUUCGAGAAAGAUCGUCGACCUCUGUAUCAAUAUAUUUUUGAGAAAAUGAAAACAGAAAAGAAGUCAUUAUCUUUACAUAAAGGUAUUACGCACAAUUUAAAUGUAGACAUGGAAGUUGAUUUGGAGAGAGCGUUAGAACUUUGUGGCGCAGGUAAAUAUCAGGUAUUUCAUUGUGCUCUUAUGGUGGCAAUUCUUGGCGCAGCUAUACUGGAAAUGGUUGGAUGCUCUUUUAUCCUGCCAGCUGCAGCUUGUGACCUUGACUUAUCAAAUAGCAUGAGAGGAAUUAUUACGUCAUUACCAAAUAUAGGUGUAAUAAUAACAGCACCAUUUUGGGGGCGUGCUGCUGAUACCUUUGGGAGGAAACCAGUUCUACUGUUCUCCACUUCUGUGUCAGGGAUAAUCGGUCUGAUUGCUGCAUUCAUGCCCAGCCUACUCAGUUUUGGUUUAUGCAAGUUCCUUGGUUCGCUUUUUCUUUCCUGUCCUUCGUCACUUGGUUUCGCGUACGUAGGAGAGCUAAUGCCAAAAAAACGACGGGAUCUCGCUGUACUGAUAUGCAACGCUUCACUUAUGCUUGUCGCUUCCUUGUGUCCUAUUAUCGCUUGGGGCGCUCUUUCUUACGACUGGUGGAACAGCCCACUAAAUCUGCGCUCAUGGCGAGUACUGACUGCAAUGUACGUCGCACCCCUCAUCCUUGCUGCGCUGUGGCUCACGCAGGCUAAGGAAAGCCCCAAGUUUCUUAUGACAAAGGGCGAGGAUAAAAAAGCAUUGGAUGUCUUGAAGCACAUUUAUGCGUCGAACAGCGGUCGACCGAAGGAAAAUUAUUGUGUAACAUCAUUGAAGUUCUCAGCUGAAGAUAACGAGCAACGAUUUAGUGAUGGAAACUGUGAGCUUGGUGAGGGAACCAUGAAAAACUCCGCAUUCGCACUCCUCCGACCUCCGCAUGUGAAAUGGUUAGCCUUGACAGGCUUCCUUAUGUUUGGGCUGUUUUCGUUAUUAAACGGAUUGUUUUUGUUCGCUCCGGAUACAAUAAAUAAGAUGAUGACGCAUUCCUCCAACGAACCAGUCACAAUAUGCACGCUGAUGAACCAGCCAGAAAAUUUGACAUUAUCAGAUAAGUGCGUUGAUCAGAUAUCUUUUGCAACGUUCGAGGUCACAGUGGUGACGUCACUGAUAUACGGCACACUCGUGAUGCUGAUCAGUCUCAGCCCUCUCGCGAAGAGAACGUCCCUGAUAUGCAUGUUCGUUCUUGCCAGUGCCACUUGUCUCGUAUCUGCUAUGACGACAAACAGAAUAAUCGCCGGGGUUUCGAUGUCGGCUCUGCAAAUAACUGCACUCGGAAUUGGACCAAUAACAGCUUACUCUGUUCAGCUCUUCCCGACCAGCUUAAGGGCAACAGCAAUAGGUGCAGUUAUGAUGUUUGGACGAAUGGGAUCCGUAAUUGGCGCUAAUGUUACUGGAAUCUUCCUCGCUGGAACAUGCACAAUUAUUUUCUAUAUAUUCUCUGCGCUGCUGAUUCUGUGCGCCGGUCUUAGUUUUCUUCUACCAAACGACAAACCAGCGAGCAACGAGCAUUGAGACGCCUGGAAUAAAUUGACCACUUUUGACGCUAGGUUUAUUAAACAAAAAUAUUGUAAAAGUAACCACACUUUACAUUUACAAAGUGAAAAAUAUUUUUAAAUUAAGAAUAAUUUAAAAAUAAUACCAAACAAGAUCUUUUAAAUGUGUUUUUAAUGCGUCGUAUUUAUUUAAGUUUAAUUAAUUGGUAGUACAAAAAAAUAAUAAUAACGAAACGUAAUUGUAUUAAAUGGAUAUCUAAUUAUAUAUUUUUUAUGUUCAUUUAACAGAUAAGCGGCAAGUAUUGUCCUGUAGGUAAUGAUUUAUGCGAACAAAUAAAAUAAUUAUCAUUAAUUAUUGUAAUAUGUAUUUUAUUCUAGA